AUGCGCUGCAGGCCCCAUCUCUCCUCCCUCAGCCAACCGCUCAGAUGCCUAGCCACAUCGCACUCGCCGCCGUCGGCGCGCAACGUCGACCUCGGCUCGCGCACCCCACCGUACGCCAAACUGCUCUCGCGGCUCGAAGAAGUCCGGCGCGUACUCGGUUCCUCUCGCCAAUUGACUUUGGCAGAGAAGAUCCUCUAUUCGCAUCUUGAGAGCCCCGAGGAGUCGCUGUUGAGCAAUACCAAUGGAGGAAGGGAUAUCCGGGGCCAGGCGAACCUCAAGUUGAAGCCGGAUCGCGUGGCCAUGCAGGAUGCGAGUGCGCAGAUGGCGCUGUUGCAGUUUAUGAGUUGUGGGUUGCCGAGUACGGCUGUGCCUGCUAGUAUACACUGUGAUCAUAUGAUCGUAGGAGAGAAGGGCGCCGACACCGACCUUCCACAAUCGAUAGCGGGUAACAAAGAGGUCUUCGAUUUCCUCGAGUCGGCAGCAAAGAAGUACGGUAUUGAGUUCUGGCCACCCGGCGCUGGCAUCAUCCAUCAGUCUGUCCUGGAAAACUACAGUGCUCCUGGGCUCAUGAUCUUGGGCACGGACAGUCACUCACCGAAUGCUGGAGGUCUGGGAUCGAUUACAAUUGGUGUUGGUGGUGCCGACGCAGUGGAUGCUCUGGUGGAUGCGCCAUGGGAGCUGAAGGCACCCAAGAUCUUGGGUGUGAAGCUUACCGGAGAACUCAGCGGAUGGGCCUCGCCAAAGGAUGUGAUCCUGAAACUGGCUGGCGAGCUGACCGUCCGGGUAUGUCAUUUUGAACAUGGCCAAGUACUUUCCGGCUAA